AGGUAGUAAUGUACUAUUUGGGCAUGAAAAGGGUGCAUUACAAACUGCCACAGAAGUAUACCACAACUGGCCCUUUUUUCUUGCAAAUACUCAAGCGUGAACUUGACACAAUAUCAAAGGGGCACUACACAUACCACAAGUCAGCAGAACAAGAUAACAUUGUGCGUGAAAUAAUAGGUGCUAACAACUAUAGCCUACACUGGAGCAAGGCAGACUAUGUGUACUUUCCUCUGAAUACUGGCAAUCAUUGGGUGUUGUUAGUACUAGAUAUCAAGCAAAGAAAAGUUAGGGUGUACAAUUCAAAUGCUAGAAGAGGUGAUUCACUGAGGGAUAUCAGAUCCUAUUAUGCAAGCAUAACUAUGCUCCUGCCCAGAAUUAUGGAUUAUCACAGAGUCUACGAACUGAUGGGUGAAGAGAUUAUGGGUGAACGGUAUUUGGAAGUAGAUCCUGUAGAAGGAUGUCCACAACAAGAUGAUGGGGGAAACUGUGGAAUAUACAUGUUGAAGAUGGCAGAAUUUCUAAUGGUAGAGAUGGACAUGGAUGCCAUAUAUCCUGAAGCAAUACCUUUGUUUAGGGAAAAAAUGGCAACUGAGCUGGUUCUAUACAGCCAGAGAAGGCAG